GUGCUUUUUUCACUUCAACCCAAACUUCAGUAGCUCAAGCCUGGAGCAGCAGCAAUCAGUGAACUUCUUACCUUACCUUCAAUCUACUUCCUCCACGAUUCUUCCUCCAUUUUUACUGACUCUCUCUCUCUCCCUCUCCCUCUCCCUCUCUAGCUCAGGGAGUAUCUUCGGUUUUCAUUCACUCCUUGCACUUCCUCAUACAAUGCUCCCAUCGAAGAAGAAGUAGAAGUAGAAGAAGUAGAAGUAGAAGAAGAAGAAGAGUGAGUUGCUAUUUUGCUGUCGCUUGUAUACAUCGUUCUUCUGUCCAAUCUUCAUCAACCUCUGUAUCAGAUUGGUUGAACGGAGAUAGUUCUGCGCUUCAGUUGAGGUGGCCUACUCCAGAAAUGGAGGCCUCCAAAAUCUCGAUACUACACCUGCUGUUUCUAUUUUUGAUGUGCCUGUUUUCCUAUCCAUCUCAAUCUUUUGAUCUGGAUCCCGACGACAGAGACUCCUUGUCGACAUUUAAGCUAUCGGUUCACGACCCAAACAAGAGUUUAUCAACCUGGGUUGGCUCAAGCUGCACCAACUGGACCGGACUUGCCUGCGAGAACCGGACCGGCCGGGUGGUUUCCAUCAACUUGACCAGCCUGAAUUUGUCAGGUGAACUUCACCCCAGUUUAUGCAAACUAUUAUUUCUUGAGUACCUCAUUUUGGCACGAAAUAAUUUUAGCGGUACAAUCCCAUUUUGUUUUGGAGCGCUCCGCAGCCUCAAGACUCUUGAUCUCAGCCAUAAUAGGCUAGGUGGUGUUAUUCCUGAUACAGUUAUGAGGCUUAAGCAAUUGAAACGACUUGUGUUGAGGGGGAACCCGGAUUUGGGUGGCUCUCUUCCUCUGUGGCUUGGUAAUUUCUCAAUGAAUUUGGAGAGACUUGAUCUUGGUUUUAAUUCAUUUAGGGGAGAAAUACCCGAAAGCUUGUUGUACUUGAAGUCUUUGAGGUACUUGAAUCUUGAGAGCAAUUGCUUGUCUGGUAAUCUUCAUGAUUUUUAUCAGUCUUUGGUGUACCUCAAUCUUGCUUCGAAUCGGUUCUCGGGUACUUUGCCUUGUUUUUCUGCUUCUGCACAGUCUCUUAAUGUUUUGAAUUUGGCUAAAAAUUCUAUUAUGGGCGGAAUACCUUCUUGUAUUUCUUCACUACAAGUUUUGGCACAUCUAAACCUGUCCUUCAACAACUUGAAAUAUGGGAUAUCUCCUAGGCUUGUGUUUUCAGAGAAACUACUCCUGUUGGACUUGAGUUCUAAUGAUUUAUCAGGUGAUAUUCCUGCCAAAAUUGCCAAGACAACUGAUAAAUCAGGGCUUGUACUUCUUGACCUUUCUCACAAUCGCUUCUCUGGUGAUAUCCCGUUGAAGAUUACUGAGCUCAAAACUUUGCAAGCAUUGUUUCUUUCUCACAAUCUUCUUACUGGAGAAAUCCCACCAAGGAUUGGUAACUUAACAUAUCUCCAAGUGAUUGAUCUUUCACACAACUCUUUGUCUGGUCCAAUUCCUUUAAAUAUUGUUGGAUGCUUCCAACUACUUGCAUUGAUACUCAAUAACAACAACCUUUCUGGUGAAAUCCAACCUGAGCUUGAUGCGUUGGAUGGCCUGAAGAUAUUGGAUAUAAGCAACAACAGGAUUUCUGGUGAGAUCCCGCUAACAUUAGCAGGGUUGAAAUCACUUGAGGUUGUAGAUUUCAGUUCCAACAAUCUCUCAGGAACUUUGAAUGAUGCAAUAACAAAAUGGUCGAACCUCAAGUAUCUUUCUCUAGCUAGGAACAAAUUCAGUGGAAAUCUACCUAGUUGGUUGUUCUUGUUUGAAGAUAUCCAAAUGAUUGAUUUCUCCAGCAACAAGCUCACUGGCCUCAUACCAGAUGGUAACUUCAAUGGUAGUUUGAAUUUCAAUAAUGGGAACAUUCUUCGAACUAUGUCCACAGAUCCUUUCAUUACAAUGAGAAAAGUCGACAUAAGAAUUUCCGCUCUUGUCCUCAAUAGCAAUGAAUUAAGCUUCACUUACAAACUAUCGCCAGUGGUUGGAAUUGAUUUAUCUGAUAAUCUGUUGCAUGGGGAAAUUCCAGAGGGUCUCUUCAGACUACAGUUUCUAGAGUACCUGAAUUUAUCAUAUAAUUUUCUUGAUGGUCAGGUUCCAAGUGUAGAGAAGAUGUCAAGUUUGAGAGUGUUGGAUCUGUCGCAUAAUUCAUUGUCAGGUCAAGUCCCAGGAAACAUAUCUAGUCUCCAAGAGUUGACACUUUUGAAUUUGUCAUACAACUGUUUCUCUGGACUUGUUCCUGGAAAGCAGGGGUACCGGAGGUUUCCUGGAGCCUUUGCAGGCAAUCCAGAUUUAUGUGUUGAAUCCUCUGGUGAAGGGUGUGAAAAGGGAAGUCUUCCCAAAGUCCGUGGCAAGACAUUGAAAGGAGAAAUGGAGGAAGGACCAAUUUCUGAAUGGGUGUUUUGCUUAAGUGCAUUUCUUAGCUUCUACUUUGGAGUGGUAGCACUCUUUUGUUCAAGUCGAGCCAGAAGUUACAUUCUUCGUACAAAAGUGUAAUGGCAUCAGGUUUUGUACAUUCCCUUUCUCUGAUUUUGUAGCCAUACAUGUUGUUGAUGACUAAAAUUGACACUAGCUCACUUGAAAACAUUGCGGCUUAGGCACAAUGCUGAAUUGUCGUAGCCAUUUUGAAUUCUGGUAGUGCAAGAGUUGUGUGCUUUUAGUAGCUAA